UCUUUCUUUCUCAACUAUUUGGACCUCCAGAAUCUGAAUCUACAUUAACGUUUCAAAAGACUGAAGAAAGAAAUUAAGAGACAGUUCUUCUGUAAAGCUGACGUUUUCUUUCUUUCUUCAGUACUACGCCCUAGAUUCAUACCCGAAUAUGAUGCCGAAUCUACCCUAAUUCAAUCUCAGAAUCUUAAAUUUUCCUUGAUCUUCAAUGGCAACAUCAAUUGUUUAUCAUUAUGUUAUCGUUUUAUUAUUAUUUGUAUUUUGUUUAGAGGUGUCUUCAUCUACGGUUGGAUCUCGAUCGAUUCUUAGAGUUAUUAGUGAUGAUACUGAUCUUCCUGAUGCUGCUGUUGAUUUGAAUACAACAAAUUUUGAUUCAGUUCUUAAAGAUACUCCAGCUUCCUUCGCUAUUGUUGAAUUCUUUGCUCAUUGGUGUCCCGCUUGCAGGAAUUAUAAGCCUCAAUAUGAAAGGGUUGCAAGGCUUUUCAAUGGGCGUGAAGCAGUGCAUCCUGGGAUUUUACUCAUGGCAAGAGUCGACUGUGCUGAAAAGAUAAAUACAAAGCUAUGUGAUUCAUUUUCAGUAACAUAUUAUCCUAUGCUUCUGUGGGGACCUCCUUCUAAGUUUGUUUCUGUUAAUAAGUGGGAUCCAAAAGAGAAAAGUGAUAUAAUUGCCAUUGAUGAUGGACGGACAGCUGAUCGCUUGCUUAAUUGGAUAAACAAGCGUAUGGUCAGCUCAUACAACUUGGAUGACGAAAAGUUUGAGAAUGAGCAUCUCACAGUAAAUGUGUCGGACCAUAGACAGAUUGUUCGCGCUGUUUACGAUGUCGAGGAAGCAACCUCAAGUGCAUUUGACAUCAUUUUGGAGCACAAGGUAUAUUCUGUAGUUUUGAAUCUCCUAAUAAGCAGCAUGACUUCAUGCCCGCAUAUGAUUCGUUUCGUUUUGCAGAUGGUCAACUCAUUGACUCGACCUUCACUUAAAGGGUUUCUUCAACUUUUGGUGGCUCACCACCCUUCUAGGAGGUGCCGAAAGGGAAGCGCCGAUAUACUUGUGAACUUCGACGAAUUUUGGCCUUCAGACCUGUCUUCCAGUAAUAAACAACAUCCCAAUGUUUCUCAUGGUAUGGAUGCAGUCCAGGGGCUUCAAGUAUGUGGAAAAGAAGUUCCUCGUGGAUAUUGGAUAUUUUGUCGAGGCAGCAAGAACGAAACUAGGGGAUUUAGCUGUGGCUUAUGGGUUCUGUUGCACUCGCUUUCUGUGAGAAUUGAAGAUGGGGAGAGCGAUUUUGCGUUUAAAACUACAUGUGAAUUCAUUCAUGACUUUUUUAUUUGUCAGGAGUGCCGUCAGCACUUCUAUGAUAUGUGUUCAAGGGUGUCUAGCCCUUUUAAGAAAGCAACUGACUUUGCAUUGUGGUUGUGGACUGCUCAUAAUCAAGUAAACGAGAGGCUAAUCAAAGAAGAAGCAACCCAUAAAACUGGUGACCCAAAGUUCCCGAAGAUGAUAUGGCCUCCGAAACAGCUCUGUCCUUCUUGUUAUCUCUCCCAACCAAGCAGGGGAAAGAAUGAUACAGUUGAUUGGAACAAGGAUGAAGUGUACAAGUUUUUGGUUGAUUAUUAUGGGAAAAUGCUUGUAUCUUUGAACAAGGACAGUUCAUUGGAAGAAGAAAGACGUGCUUCGUCAAUCGCUGAUGAAAUGGUUGCAUCAACAAAUGUAGUUGCAGUGCCUUUAGGAGCCGCAUUGGGUAUAGCUCUGGCCAGCUGUGCAUUUGGAGCACUUGCUUGCUUUUGGAGGUCGCAGCAGAAGAAUCGAAAGUACUUCCAUGGACACUCUUUAAAAAGAAUAUGAUUAUUACAGGGGCAGAGGAGGAGCAGAAGUGGAGAUGUUACUCGGGAAAAGUAGAAUACGUCAGGUCAUGUGUUUCAAGCCAGAUAAGUUUGGGUUCUGAUUCUUCUGAACUCUGUCAAGCGUUGUUGAGCUUGUAAAGCAGCUAGUUGAAUACGUCACAGUCAGCAUUAGCAUAAUUCAGCUGCAUAAACAAUUUUACUGCACUUAUCUCUUCGUAUGCAACUGUAGAUCCCGUGUAUAACUUCAUAUAAUCUUGUAGUUCAUUCUUCCCCACCUCCUUGGACCGACAAAGUGGAAAAGAUAAUAAAUAAUGAUACCGAUAGCAAUAGUGAUUGUGAAAACUA